AUGAUUGGAACUGUUUCCACCUGCACAAAUGGACAUACCACCCAGUGGGAGAGCCAGAAAUGUCACCAUGGAAUGCCCUGGUCCAACCUUCUCCUGGCUGGUAGCAUGGUGUUCAGUGGAAUCAACACAGCCAAGUGCCUGCGCUUAUUUCGCCAUCUUCGAGUGCCCACGAUCUCUGCAUCAACCUUCAACCGAAUCCAGUCAGCCUAUGUUGUGCCAGCAGCUUUGUUUACCUGGGACUUCCAUCAGGCCGAGCUGCUCAACCAGUAUGAAGGAAGGACACUUACACUAGGAGGUGAUGCUAGGUGUGACUCCCCCGGCUUCUCUGCCAAGUUUGGAUCGUAUACCUUGAUGGACUUGGAGACAGGGAAAGUGGUAGACUUCCAGUUAGUUCAGAGUAAUGAGGUGGCUGGGUCCACUCACAUGGAACUGGAGGGACUGAAGAGGGGACUGCAGCGAUUGGAAGAUGCCGGCCUCCAUGUCCAGACCCUUGUGACCGACAGACACGGAAUGGUGAAGAAAUUCAUGAGAACAGAACACCACGACAAGAAGCACUACUUUGAUGUCUGGCAUAUGGCUAAAGGUAUUUCAAAGAAACUCGAGGCCAAUGCCAAGAAAAGGGAUUGUGGAGAUAUCAGACUCUGGACCAAAAGUUCUGUCAACCACUGUUACUGGGUUGCCGCCUCCAGUGGAGACAACGGAGAGAUGAAGGAGCAGAAGUGGGCAUCCUUGGUGGAGCAUGUUGCCAAUAAACAUGACAACUGUCAACAUGGCGAGUUGGAUGAAGAUAGACAGUGGCUGAGAGAAGGAUCCAGAGCCCAUAAGCUGUUUAAGGAGGUAGUGGAAAGCAAAUUUCUACUGAAAGAUGUAUCCAAACUGUCACCUCUACACCAAACAUACAGCUUAGAGGUCUACCACAGUGUAGUAAACAGUUUUGCCCCGAAGACUACACAUUUCUUCUACCCUGCAAUGAUGGCCAGAUUGUGCGUAUCAGCUUUACACUUCAAUGAAAAUGGGCGACGACAUCAGGCUGUUACAAAAGAAGGUGCAUCACAGUGGCAGUUGAGCUUCCCCAAAGGAAAGAAGGGUGAACAUGCAGUUGUCAAGCCACACAAGACACCUAUUACCUAUGAUUAUGUGGACAUCUUGCGGUUGAAUCUUGUAGAGCGUAGACGACAGAUACCCUCAUGUCCAGCAGCUACACAGGAUGGAAAAGCCUCUCUUGGAUAUCAGCCACCACCUCUUACAUCAGCCUACGCUGCAGUCAACAAGGACCAGCUCAUCGCCACACGCCGCACCAGGUUUGCCAGAUAA